GCCCGGCGGUUCACAACCUCAGUCUUACUCGAAACUUUAACAAUGGCAGAGUCUGCAUCUUCUCGAGUUCAUUUCUGGCUUCUCGUAGGACUCUCCUUCCUCCUGGGGGCGGUUUCGCACACUACGGCGACGGGAGAUGAUCUACUAGACAGCAAGAUUGUGGGUGGACAAGAAGUGGAACCGGGAUCUCUGCCUUAUAUGGUGGCGCUGUACAUGAACGUGAGCGGGGAGGUGAAGUUUCACUGUGGGGGAGCGAUUAUUUCUCCUCACCAUGUGUUGACUGCGGCUCACUGUGUGACUGGAUGGCACAGUGACAGAUUCACAGUUGUCGCCGGCGCACACGACCUCUCUCUCCCCGAGACAACUCAGGUCAGCAUUGGCGUUGCAGAGGUCACGGUCUCUGAACUUUUCUAUUGGGAGCCAGACUCCGCAAUCCCAGUCAACGAUAUCGCACUUUUGAGGUUGGCAUCCCCUCUGUCCUUCGGCGAGGGCGUUGACGCCGUGCAUAUGCCAGACCAAGACCAAGACCCAGCGGUGGCCGAGCAUUGCGUCGUGUCUGGCUGGGGGGCGCUGGAGGAAGGAGGCCCGGUGACUUCGGUAUUGCACGCUGUUGACGUGCCUGUGAUAGAUCAGCUGUACUGUGAGAAUUCGUAUCCUUAUCUCAUUGCCCCGACUAUGAUGUGUGCCGGUUACCCGACAGGGCACCACGACGCGUGUGCGGGCGAUAGCGGAGGCCCGAUGGUGUGCGGAGAACUUUUGCAAGGCAUUGUUUCUUGGGGAAGCGGGUGCGCAGAACCCCUUAAGUUCGGCGUAUACACUCGGGUAGCUUUCUUCAGGGAUUGGGUAGAGAAGCACAACUACAUUCCGGUAUAAACUGUGACAAGGCAAAAAAGAAACAGGAAAGUAAGAUGAGUUGACAAGUAAGCUUUGUGGAAACCGUUUUCGUAAAUGUGAAUAAAGAAGCUUGCAAUUGUA